CAUUGACAUGACAACGUUAUUUUAUUUGUCCGAAUGGAUAUAAUUUGUGUUUAGAACUUUUCUUUUCCCUUUAUAUUAAUUAAUUUCCAAGAUUUUUUACUAAUGCUAUGACAAUUAUCGAGGCUCUAAGCCUCUUUAAAAAUGGUCCUAAACGCUGCCGUACAAAUGUUAAGGGAGGCAGAAGAGUUGAAACAGAAAAUUUUAAAAUUUAACAGUGGUACCUCAAUGCUGCAAGAUAAGACUCUCUGGACAACGCAACAGCAGUUGCAAAAGGUUUAUCAAAAGGUUCUCGAGCUGGACUUAGAUUAUGCACUUGAAAAGAAAGUAGAACAGGAUCUUUGGAAUGUUGGUUUCAAACAGCAAAUUGAAGCGUUGCAGGCAAUUUCUAAAGACAGAAAGAAUGCACUCAGAAGUGAAGCUCAAUCAAUGCUAUCAUGGGUGCUUCAAGCGGCGGCAGGGUUUUACCUUUGCUUGUUACAUCAGAUCUGCACCACUUUCAAGCUAGACCUUCCAUUUAGACGUCGGGCGUCCCUGUUGGGCGCGGUGGAGGGCUGGGAGGCGAGCGUGGGAGCGGGCGCGGCGGCGGACGCGGGGGGCGCGGGGGGCGCGGCGGCGGCGCGGUACGCGUGCCAGCACUGCCUCGUGCACCUGGGGGACCUGGCGCGGUACCGACAGCAGCUACGUGUCGCGCAUACCUUCUACAGGCAUGCGCUCGCAGUAUCCGUGCACUCGGGGCAGCCGUACAAUCAGCUGGCGCUGGUGUCGUGGCGUCGUGGGCGGCGGCUGGCGGCGGUGUACUGGCACGUGCGCUCGCUGCUCGUGCGCGCACCCUUCCCGCCCGCCCCCGCCAACCUCGCGCGCACGCUGGCGGCCGCCGCCAGCCGCGACGUGAGAGAGUCAGCCGCGCUGCCCGUGCUGCCGGGCGUGGAGUGCGGCAGGCCGAGCGCGCCCGACGUGCCCGAGCGGCUGGACGCGCACUCCUACGUCAACGAGCUCGUGCGCGCCGUGCACUACCUGCACAGCGUGGAGCAAUUAGAAACAGCGGCGGAGUUAGUGACCGUUCUGAGCACCUCGCUGUCACCGUUAAUAGCUACAGACAGCUUCGACUCGAUGACAUUAAUAAAGAUGGCGUGUGUGCUGAUAUGGCUUGUGCAGUCCACCACCGAGGACUUCGCGGUGGAACUGAGCGCGCUCAGCGAGGGGGAGGCCACCGCGGCGAAGCUGGCCGCGUCCCUCGCCGAGGCCGUGGUGCUGGCGCUGCUGCUGCCGGCCUGCGCCAGCGACGAGCCCUCCCAGCGACCGCUACCUGCACUGAAGGUGUGGCUGCAGUGGGCGAGUUCGCGCAAGGAGGUGGCGGAGGGGUGGGGGCCGGCGCUGUGGGCCGCGCUCGCGCACCAAGCCACGUGCCUCGCGCACCACGCGCACACGCACGACACAUAUGACUCGAUACCUUUACCGGAGGACGAGGAGCUGAACGGAUUCCUACCUCUGGAGGAAUCGUUUAAAGAACUCAAAUUCAGCAAUCAGUCGAAUUGGGACGCGUCCACGGUACCAGACGUCGAUCCUCAAGACGACGAGACCGGGUCGUGGGCGGCGGGCGCGCUGCAGGCGUCGGAGGAGCGCGAGCGCGGCGCGCGGGCGCGGCGCGUGCUGCGCCUCGCGCGCGCGCUGGCCGCGCUGCACCCGCGCCGCCUGGCGAGCCGCACCGACCCGGACGGCUCGCAGCGCGUGGAGGCGCUGGGGGCGUCGCCCGCGCUGCUGCAGCAGACGGUGUCGGCGCUGGCCGCGGCGCCGUCCCCGCCCGUGCCCGUCAUCAUCUCCGAGGCAGACUUCAGGGAGAAAGUCCGCGAGAAGCGCGUCGGCAUCCUGAAGCCGCAGGGCUCGCUGGAGCGCGCGCGGGAGGAGCGAGCGCUCGCCGCGCACGACGAGCCGCCGCCGGAAGUUGAAUGCAGCGACGAAGCGAGUAAAAGUGAGGAGAAUAAGAAGGAGGUUCGAAAGUCACGCGUCAACAUCGCGAUGGCAGCGAUUAUGAGGAAACAGGAGGAAACUAACAAACAGGUCAAAUUUAUAACGCCACCGCCAACGCCGGAUUCGGUUGGCGAGGGCAAUGACAACCCCAGCAAGGACGAUAAACCGAAAAUGAUUCAACCGAAACCAAUAAAGUCCCUCGCCAAUAUACCGAUCGGUAGGAAAACUGGCGGUAUCCUAUCGUUAAAAGACAAAUCCGCCGGAUAUCCACAUUUACAGAACCCAGAUCCGGAACCUAAGAAACUUGAGAAAGACGAAAAGAAAGAAUCUAAAAUCAAUCAAGUUAGCAGUCAAAAUUCACAAAACUUUCAACCGAAGAGAGAUCAGGCUACCAGUUGGCCAAAUCCGUCUGCUCAAAGUUACAAUGACGGUCCUCGGAUGACAUUCCAGAAAAAUGCAUAUGGUAUUCAAAGUGCAGGCAUUAUCUAUAAUCCUAACUACCAGGCACCCGUCGUUAACAACCAAGGAAUAAGGCUCCCGGUGGUAAAUCCAAAAGAAAUAGACGUCAGAACGGCUGCGCUACAAAAGCAGAGUUCUCGACAGGAGCUUUUUCAAGAUGGUCACAAGUUUGGCAACCAAGGAUAUCCGAUUACAGGAGGAGACAAAAAGAACUUCUUGAGCGAUUUACCGCCAAGAUUCGCUAACCAAUACCGUUACUGGCAAAACGCGCAAGAGAAUCAGUAUAAUGAUAACAAAUUUAGAGACGAUAGUCCUAGAAAUAACUCACCGUUUAACGCGCAAACCUCCCGACCGAAUUGGGCAACGCCACAAAAUGAAAACUUCCAACAGCCAAUAUCGUGGUGGAAACCAGAAAAUCAGCCUAAUUUCAAUCCUCAGAAUUUUUCCACACCGCCAAUGAAUUUCUAUUCUUCUUUACCGUCGAAUAUGACAAACCCUUACACAAAUUUGCCGUAUAGUCAGAUACAAGGUCAGAAUUUGACCCAAAACUUGCCGAACAUGGGACAGAAUUUAAGUCAGAAUGUGCAGAGUAAGCCUGAAAAUUUGUCUCCCACUUAUGUCCAAUCAGCCAUCGGUCAACCUCAAAUUCAAACUCUCCAAAAUCUGGUUACAACUCCAAAUUUUAAUUCAAAUUUGAAUAGUUUCGCUCCGUACAAUACAUCGGUGAGUUACGACUCCUCAAUGUAUCCUCAGUUCAAAAAGCUCGGAUACCAACCGUUGCAGAUGAAUAUGAUGGAUAAACAAAACUUCCAAAGUAAAGGGAGUAAAGACUUGGACGUCGGGCUCAACUUUGGGACCAAUGUUUUGGAAAUGCAACAAAGAAAUCUUAAUUACACCGAAACCUACGGCAACGAAGGCCCUGCUACGAAAAAUUUGGACGAUAUCGAACAGAGCGCAGGCGAGGCGAGCACAUACUCGCUGUUCAGCGGCGCGCCCGACGCCGGCACGUGGGCGGCGCGCCGCCCGCAGCAGUCUCUAUGGUCGGGUCCGGGCCCGUCUCCCCUGGAGCGCCUGCUGGAGCAACAGAAGCAGCUGAAGCAGCCCCCCGCGCCGCACUGACCGCGCACGUGGGACCUGUGUUCAGGAAUCAUUUAUAUUGAAAUUUAAAUACAUUCAUACAUAACAAAUAAAAUAUUUUUUUUUACGCUAGACUGAUGUAUAAAUUAUAUCUGGACAUAAAAUUAAUUGUGACUUUGUACAAUAUUAUCACUUGUUAAGUUUCAAUAAAAGACGAAGUAUUAUAAGGUCAUAUACAAAAAAUUCUAUUACUUGUAAAAAAAACACGGUAACUUUUACAAAAAAGUAUAUAUCAAAGACUGCCCAUGCGUGUCGCCAAAUCAAAAAAGGUAUAAUUAUCCUAUUUAGGCUGCAAGUGUUAGGUUACUUUUUAUUACUAGUGAAUAUUGAUCUUUACAACAUUAUCGAUCAUUCGUUAACCAAAAAAUAUUAUAGCAAUGUUUUUGUAAAUAAAAAUUUAUUUAGUAGUAUAUUUUCUUUUACAAUAAUUCAUUGUCAUCGGUUUUAAUAUUUCGAUGGAAAUUCAGUCUCUAGAGUUGUUUGAUCAUAUAUUUACUAGUUUCUAAAUAAAUAGUAUCUUUGUGCUAAGUGGAAAUCAGUAUAUCCAUUGUGGGUGGGAUAUUUUGUAAUAAAGUUAUUUUUGUUA